GCGAGGAAUUCUGUCUCACUCGCCGCCGCACUGUGAUCGCGCGCACAUCUCUGCCCCGCCCGCACCAGUGGAGACCCCGUGUGGGCGCGUGCGUGUGUUUGUGUGUAGUGUGGUGAACCCAGAAGCUCAGCGGUGGCUGUUGCUCACUUAUUUCGGUGGCGUCGUUGGCGUUCUGUGCGUGUGUUUGUGUACCAGUGUUUACGGUGCUGACGGAGAUUUAUUUAUUUUGUCGGGUGUGACGUGUUUGGUUUUGAUCUCAAGACGAGGGAGAAGAGACUGGAAGAAGAGCAGUUUUUUUUUUGUUGUUGUUCUUCGUCGACGCCACUUCAGCGCCGUUCCCAAGUCCGGACUCGUCGAUAGCCGUUCCGAGAGACGCUGUACUGUUGCCGCGUCCAUUCCGGGAUCAAUUAUGCCGAUGGUCGCGUCUGCAAUCUAGGCCAGCGCUGAAAGUCUCGAAGCCUUUCCGACCUCCGGCGAGUGCCAUAGCAGCGGCCCUGAGCGGUUGCCAGUGCCUGUGCCAGCGGGAAUAAUAUAUUGUUUCCACACAACUCACUUUUCACACUUGUCUCAACAUCCCAGAUUGAGUUCAAGGGAAGGAGGUUCGUCACCAGGCGAGGAAACAUUGGCAAUUUGUCGCCGCUGACGAAUUAGGUCGCAGGUUGGACUUAGGCGGGCACAGCCGCCGCCCUCGCGCCUGGCGUCUCGACCUGAGGUCACGCCGAGACUGUGAUGAGAUGACCCCGGCGCCGCUCGCAGCGUGUGAUGAGCCAGCCCGUUGACGCAGUGGCCCCUCGCUCGCCCCGCAGCCCAUGUUCUCCUCUGAGGGCGCCGCUCCCCUCGCGACCUCCCCCGCGCGACCUUGGCGUCCGUGGGCGUUCGUGGGUACGUGGCCCUCAUGGGCGGCCAGUCAGCAGUUGACCAGACUCGCAAUCCAAGCGCGCGGCUUGCUCACAGCGCAUCGCGACGACCGACGGCGCGGUGCUCCCUCUGCCAGCGCUCCCCAGAAAGCCUCGCGUAAACAGAGCCUGAGCGGCGACUUCGAGGAAGCGAGCCUCCGCUUUCGGGUGCAGAGCCCGCGCGAGGCGCAGCGGGACCGCAGCCUGCUCAUCGCUCCUCUCGGAAGGGGCGGCGUCUCGCGGGAAAGGCCCCGGCGACCCGCGCAUAAAAGCGGCAAGCGCAUUCGCCUCAGGAACAGUCUCUUCCUCUUCAUCAUGGAGGAGGAACGACUCAGCUUCGUGUACAUGUUCUGCUCCUUCGUGCCGCUGGCCCUGCUGGGGCUCCUGCUGGAGGCGGCCGUGUUCAUCUUUUCCGCAGUCGUCCAGUUCAAGAGGAUGCUUAACAAAGAACUCAGCCACUUCUCGGAAUCUAGUAAAUCUGGGAACCAAAUAUCGGAAUAUAUCUGCACAACUUUCCUCGACCAACAACAGGAGCUCGACAUCCCGAGCCUGAGGGUGGACGAUGGCGAACGACCCAAGAGGAAGGAACGCAACCUGUCAAGCGGCCCUUCGUCGGCAGUCGUCCCAGAGGCUUCAGUGGUAGCCGCCUUGCCUUCCACCACGACCACGACCACCUCGGAUAUCGGUAGCGUCGUUGCCACCACUGGUAUCAAGGAUGUGUCGAUGUCACAGAUACAGGGCGUCAAGAAGCCGCUCCUACAUGCCAACUCCUUCUCGGGCGAGAGGCUGCCCAAGUACGGCGUCGAUACCCGUCAGGAGGAGGAACUGGGCAAGAUUCUAGAAGAUAUAGACAAAUGGGGCAUUGAUAUCUACAGGAUAGCUGAAUUAUCAAAUAGAAAACCUUUAACUACCAUCACAUAUACUAUUUUCAUGGAACGUGAUUUGCUAAAGACAUUCAAAAUUCCGCCCAAGACUUUCAUAACAUUUAUGAUGACCCUUGAAGACCACUAUUUGAAGGACGUUCCAUACCACAAUUCCUUGCAUGCAGCUGACGUCACUCAGUCCACCCAUGUUCUUCUCAACUCACCUGCCCUUGAGUCUGUCUUCACAAGCCUAGAAAUCCUGGCUGCCAUCUUCGCAGCCGCCAUCCACGACGUGGACCACCCAGGCCUCACAAACCAGUACCUGAUCAACUCCUCCUCGGAGCUCGCCCUCAUGUAUAACGAUGAAUCUGUGCUUGAGAACCAUCAUUUGGCUGUGGCCUUCAAAUUGCUGCAGAAUGAGGAUUGUGAUAUCUUUGCCAACCUUGGCAAAAAGCAGAGACAGACUCUCCGCAAGAUGGUGAUAGACAUGGUUCUUGCAACAGACAUGAGCAAGCACAUGAGCCUCCUUGCUGAUCUCAAGACAAUGGUUGAAACCAAGAAGGUUGCAGGUUCAGGUGUUCUCCUUUUGGAUAAUUAUACAGAUAGGAUACAGGUGCUUCAAAAUAUGGUGCACUGUGCAGACCUCAGUAAUCCCACAAAGCCCUUGGAACUCUACCGACAUUGGGUUUCCUCAAUCAUGGAGGAGUUCUUCCAACAAGGCGACCGUGAAAGGGAACAGGGUAUGGAUAUAUCUCCCAUGUGUGAUAGACAUUCAGCCACCAUUGAGAAGUCUCAGGUUGGCUUCAUUGACUACAUUGUGCACCCACUAUGGGAAACCUGGGCGGACUUGGUCCACCCAGAUGCGCAGGACAUCCUUGACACGCUGGAGGAGAAUCGCGACUGGUACCAGCGCAUGAUCCCCAUCUCGCCAUCCUCUUCAUCAAAUGACCUCAAGGAAGAAGAGGGCCAAGGGGAUGACUCAGAGGAUGGCCCUGAGGAGGAAUUGUGUGCUGCAGCCGAGAGAAUCCAGAUCCAGUUUACGCUUGAUGAUGAAGGCAGUGGAAAAAGAGCGCCACCGGAAGACGCUCAGGGGGAGGACCCCACAAUGUGACCACUGGUGGCCUCGUACUGUACCAAACUUAAGCGCAAAGUGAUGAGGUGGCUGCACCUCAAGUGACCAACCCCAUGGGAGGUGGGAACCGUGUUAAGUAUCGUCCCCCUCCAUGUUAGUGGCCUCGUCUUCAACUUUUACCUUUGUACCUCAUCUUUUGAGAUUUCUUUCAUAGCCAGUUGGACACUCUGACUAUCUGGCAUGCUCCCAGAGCCAGAGCCCCAAUCUUGUGAAGAGUAUGUUGUGCAAACACUUGGGUGUUUCUUGUGGAUAACGCCCGGUGAGCCGAAUGUACGUUUUGCCAUGUGUCCAUAGCGUGCCCUGCAGGUUCAGGGUUGAUCGCAUGGGUUUGUCUGAGCUCCUCAAGACUGUGCCGUUCGCCCAGCCUCCUCAGCUGACCCAUCCUUGCCUAGUGAGAUCAUUAUUUUCUUGUAGCAGUUGUAGAGUUGUAGGUGGUCACAACAGUGAACAGUGCCAAAUUGUUCCUUUUGAAUAUGGACCCUAAGGAAGUGACAUGUUUAUCACAAAUUAGUGAGCACAAGUUUGGGACGUUUUAUGUUAAGUGAGGACUGUGGCUUGUGUGUGGUACAUAUCAGAUAGAGGGAUGGAGAAUGGGCACAUAAUGUCUCCAUGGUGCUUAUGUCAUGAUUUUGAGAGUGUAAGGCAUUACUAGCUCUUUCAUUAUAACAGAUGCCUGAUAGGGUUCCUUGCUCUUUUUAUCUUUCACAGCAGAUCAGCUAUCAAAGAAGCCAAAGAUAAUUUAUUGCUUCAGGUUCGUGGUGGUGCUGUGUGGCCACCAAAGAAGGCAUUGUUGCUGCCAUGUGGUACAAAGCCCAAGUGUUGACAUGGUGGCAAGGGCAGUGGAUCCUUUCAGGCAAAGAGAAUUUUACGUGACAAAGUCAGCUAUUACAGACAGUGAGGGAGGCUCGGAAGAAGCGCCGACGUGAUCACUUCGCUUCUUCUUCCUCAGCCGUUACAGGAUCACUUUGUAGUCACUGACUGUGCCAAUUUUCAUGCAGGGCUCAUGACUAGUGUUUAUUUUGCAGUGUUUACAUUUCAGGUUUUACUCUUUUUAGAUGGCUUAUUUUGACACUGUCAUAGAUGUUGGGCAAACUUGAAAAAAUAAAAAAAUAUGGGUUUAAACAAAAAACAAAAAAAAACAUUUUGAAAUAGGUAGAAAUGUAGAAUUUUCUCAUGUGAUAACAGCAGAGUAUUGAGAGCAUAGUAUGCAUCAUGUUGUACUCCAUCAGCUGCUUUAUGUCAGGUUUAUGGCUAACAUCAUUACUCAUGGUUUGAGAUAGCCCCCCAGCACCGUAAGCAAAAACCCACCAUGCUUUUUCCUCCCAGGCUACCAGCAUAAAAUUCAUUCACAUAAAAAUGGUAAAUAAAUAGCAGGAUGACGGGAGGAUGGACUUGCUUCCUUUUGGAUCGGUCCAUUAUAAACUCAAACCAUGGCUUCUGAUUAUGCCUCUAGCAUAUGUGUUGCCUAGUCCUGGCUUAAUCAAGUGGUAUAUUGAGCCUCUGUCCUCCAUAGAGAACAGUGCGGAGGAAAAAAAAAAUAAGCAAGAGAGUAGACGGAGGAGGAGGAGGAGGAGAAAGAGGAUAUGGAGGAACGUUUAGUUUUGCAGAUGUUCCUCUUGCUAGACCUGAGGAAAAGACUCUAGGUUUAAAGAAUGCACAGGAAUGUGAAAAUUUUAGUUUAAGAAUAAUUUUGGAUUUUCAGAGUAGAAAGGACUCUUUGUUAACUUUACUGUAGUUAAAUUUACUGUCUCUAUACAGAAUAUUCCUUUUCUUCUUGAGAAUAUUUAUUGUUGUAAUAUAUAUUAUGUGUGCAUUAUUUAAUUAAAAAGUAUUUAUAUCAAAUGAAGAGAUACAUAUAUGUAAACAUUACCCUGUGUAUAAGAUAGAUGGGUAUAUACUAUCAUCAUUAUUUUCCAUAUAUAUGUAUGUAUACAGUAUAUACUGUUCUACUAACAUUGGUUUAUGCCUCAGGUCUAGGUGAAUAUCAUUCAUAAUUGCGGAACAUCUGUCUGGACUAUGUUGAUACUCUUUGUAUUGUACUUCCUUGUAUGUGAAUAAUCCUCAGAAAUCCUGUAUGAAUAUAUCUUAUUUUUAUUAUGAAAGAAAAAAAAAUCAUGAAUCUAUGUUUCUAUUUCUUCAUCUUGUCUUUCGCUCAAGCUAUGUUACUCAGUCCUUUGUGACAAAGCCCAAGGUAUAUAGAAUGACAUGAACAAACAUGAGGUAAAUAAACAAAAACACACACACACACACACACACACACUCACUCACUCACACACACUCACACUCACACUCACACUCACACUCACACUCACACUCACACUCACACUCACACCACACCACACUCACACUCACACACACACACACACAGAAAAUAUAAAACUUCAGUCUUAUAUAAAAGGGUAAGUUACUAGCUGGUAGGAAUGUGUUUGCUAAAUGUGGAAGAGUCAAAAUUUCCCAUUUGAAUUCUAACAAAGAAUGGAUUUAGUUAUUUAAAUAAUUAUCCCUCAUCAUCAAGGUGAAAACCGUACGAUAAUGAGAGUAAAUAUAUGUAACGCCCCCCCCUCCCUCCCUUUUUUAACAUCAUUGCAAUUGCAUUUCCUGCUGGCUUGGCCUUUACCCAACACGUUGCAAGACUCCCUUACGCAAACUCAAGUGAAAAAAGUGAUAUAGACAUCAUUAUGUACUGACAAAUGUAGUAAUUUCUUCAUUUCUGCAUUCAAUAUUUUUCUAUAUAAAACAUAAAAAAUAUAUAUAUAAAUAAAAGGAUAUAAUAUUUCUUCAUCCUGAUGUUUGAUGUUGAGAAAAAAAAAAUAUUUGACAGUGCCAUAAUUAUGUACUCUUAUUAAUGGUUCUAUCUUUUUAUCAUAAUGAUAAAACCUUCUCUAUUCAAAGAUGAAAAAGCCUUUUGUAAUGAAUGAUGUGCCGUCACAGCACCAAAUAAUUUGUUGUUGCAGAGAAAUCUUUGAUAACGAUAACAACAUAAUUGUCAAUGUGUAUUUAGAUAUCUGAGUUAAGUAAAGUUUUAUCUGUUAGAUCAAUAGGUUCCUCUGAACCAGGCUGGGAAAACAAUUUAAAAAAAUCAUGAAGCAAGUUGCAAAAAUGGAAUGAAAUUUAUUUUUAGUGUUUUCCAAAAUAUUCAUGUCACUUAUGUUGAUGUUAAUAUAACUGAUUGAACCUU